AUGGGUCUGCUCAUCCACACGCUGGCCUGCGCCUUUGGCCUGGGCUCGUGGGUGGCUGUAAACGGUCUGUGGGUGGAACUGCCGCUCAUAGUCAACACUCUCCCUGAGGGCUGGGAGCUCCCCUCGUACCUGACAGUUAUCAUCCAGCUGGCCUUCCCGGGGCUCCUGAUCGUCACCCUCACACACAAAUUCUGCCCAGGUCAUCUUAAAGACCAUGUUGUUAUUUACUUCAUCCUCUCCAUUGGUGUCCUGUCCUGCAUCCUGCUCAUCUUUUUCUGGGACAAAACUACGAUCGUGGCUGGGGCAUCACAUAGCACCGCCUUGUUUGUCAUCAGCUUCUUCCUCUCUAUGGUGGACUGCACCUCCUCAGUUACCUUCCUGCCUUUCAUGAUGCAGCUUCCAGCAAAAUAUGUCAGCACAUAUUUUAUCGGAGAAGGGCUAAGUGGUUUUCUCCCUGCUGUAGUUGCUCUUGCACAAGGUGUGGGCUUUGCCAAAUGUGUCAACUCUUCUCAGACUGCAGGAAACCACACAGGCUCGUCAAUAAAAACAGAGUAUCUUCCUCCAAACUUUUCCACUGAGGUGUUUUUCUCCUUCCUAGCAGCCAUGAUGUGCAUAAGCCUGGCUGCUUUUACUGCACUGAAAAGGCUUCCUUGGGCAUUUGAGCUGUCUAUUGGAAACCUUGUGCCAGACACUGUGGCAUCUGUUAGCUUCAGCCUGGACAAUGCUGGAGCACAGACUGAUGGAGGGGGUGUGAAAUGCCAGGGUGAGGGGGCAGCCCAGAGUGAUCCUCGGUCAGCGGGUACAAAACGUUUUGUGUACCAGCAGACCUUCAUCUACCUUCUGGUGGCGUGGGUUAACGCUGCCACCAACGGCCUGUUGCCCGCUGUGCAGACCUACUCCUGUAUGCCCUACGGCAUCUUGGCCUAUCACCUUUCUGCUGCUCUGGCAUCAGUGGCCAACCCGCUGGCCUGCACCAUUGCAAUGUUCCUCCAAAACAGGUCCCUAGUGUUUCUUGGUGUCCUGACGGCUUUGGGAACAGGGUUUGGCAGCUACAACAUGGCCAUGGCAGCGAUGAGCCCGUGUCCUUUGCUUGUAGGGUCUGUGAUGGGAGAGGUGAUCAUUGUGCUCUCAUGGCUCCUCUUCAUUGGAAUGCUCUCUUAUGUCAAAGUGAUGGUGGGUGUCAUUCUGAGAGACCAGGGCUACAGCGCCCUGGUCUGGUUUGGAGCUGCAACCCAGAUCGGCUCAUUAGUCGGCUCCUUCACAAUGUUCCCGCUGGUUAACGUCUACCGGCUGUUUAAGUCAGGAGACUUCUGCAGCACUGAAUGCCCUUUAUAA